AUGCAGCAAACCAUUAAGAAAAAUAUUAUGGCUAGCCAUAAUAUGUCAAUCGCAAAGCCAAGUUUUCUCUCUCAACUGCAUCUCUUUCAGCAGUAUCAACUAAGCAAGCCAAAACUUCUAAAAUCCUAUCACGGCAGCUCAAGUGGAAUUUAUAAAUCAUUACCACUCUUAGAGACAAUUCCAAAAAAACCGAGUGUAAAGCAUGAAAAUACUAAAAGAAGGAGCAAAUCUGCGAUAAAACCCAAUUUCAAUGACCAUGAAAAACUGUACGAAACUUUAAAAAUCUCUAAUUCAAUAGAAAAAUUACCGAUUUAUGGGUUUACAAGCCAAACUAAAUUUCCUACUGAUGAAAUUAACCAUCUUUCAAAAAUGCGAAAUAAUAUAAGAAAAGCUAUUGGAGUAAGACAAAAAGGAUUUCCUAGCGUAAAACUCAAAAAAAAGCUCCGAAUCGUUGGAAAAGUCGAUACAACCCUCGUGACUAUUUCCAAAAAAAUUUUCAAUAUCAAGAAUCAUACAAAUUGUAUAGAAAAAGAGUUGAAAUCAAUAAAUAACCCCAAUUAUGCAUCUCAUAAUAUGACCAAAAUGUCUAUAAGUGCAAAAGAGCCUUUUUAUGUACAAGUGGUGGCUUCUCCAAGUGUAUCAGACUUUGAAGAUGAUGUAUAUUUUAAAUCUAUAUAUAAUUAA